AUAACCGUCAAGGGAUAUGCAGUAUCAGGAGGUGGCCGUGCAAUUGAGAGAGUAGAUGUAUCCAUUGAUGGUGGCAGAACCUGGGUGGAAGCAUCCAGAUACCAGAAUGCGGACAUUCCAUACAUUGCUGAUAAUGCAAGUAGUGACAAAUGGGCCUAGGUGUUUUUUGAGGCAAACGUUGAUGUCCCUAUGACUGCUGAGAUAGUUGCUAAAGCGAGGAAAUGGAGCUAGUGUCCUUCGGAUUGUUCCCUAUGCAGCAUUACAUUUCAUCAUGAAAUAUGAGCAGUAUCGCAUUUGGAUCUUGAACAAUUACUCUGCCUUGGGAACGGGCCCCAUGAUAGAAUGGUGAAUGGGUUGAUCAUGUCACUUUGCAGGCUGCUGCAGAUUCUACGAAGUUAUUUCAGGAAAAUAUAUCUUGGAAUAUGGAACGGAUUGUCUAGAGAUGCAUGUUGGAGCAGUUAAGCCUGAUGAACGUGCUUUGGUGGUCGAUGAUUUGAUUGCCACUGGUGGAACCCUCUGUGCAGCAAUGAAUUUACUGGGUACUCACUUGUAAAUCAUUUGUAUUAGCUUUAUGAGCCCCAGUAAAAGCACUGUCCUCUUUUUCUUUUUCCUAUAUUUUAAAAAAUUUAUGUGGAAAAUGCUUUGACUCGUGGAUAUAAACAAUUCCAUAUGUAGUGAGAAAACGAACCACCUGUUUAUUAGUCAUUGAACACAGGGACCCAAUGAAGGGUUACCUGGACAAGGGCUACAACUUGGGCUAUUUGGAUCUGGGUGAAGGCCAAAUACUAUGCCAACCUUUAAAAAAAAAAAAAAA